AUGAGAUUCUUCCCUUCCCUCCUCGCAGCGGCACUGUACCUCACCCAUUCCGUCUUGUCUACUGGCCUAGAAAUCGACUAUCAGACCCCUGAGAUCGAAUGCACACGGAAGACCGUCAAGGGCGACAAGAUCGACGUGCACUACCGCGGCACUCUGCUUAGUACGGGCAACGAGUUCGACUCCAGUUACUCGAGAGGAAGUCCGUUGAACUUUGAACUUGGUGCUGGUAGAGUUAUCAAGGGAUGGGACGAAGGUCUGCUUGACAUGUGUAUUGGGGAGAAGAGGAAGUUGACCAUCCCACCCGAGUUGGGAUAUGGUGAUAGGGCUGUUGGACCGAUUCCGGCGAAUAGUGUGCUGGUCUUUGAGACAGAGUUGAUGGGCAUCAAGGGUGUGAAGAAGGAUGAGUUGUGA